UCACACAUACACUCUCACCCAAAAAAAACAAAAAAAUUUCCAAAGGAAAAACAUACUGAAAAUUUCUUCACAUCACCAAAAUCCAAAAUCAAUCAAAACCAAUACUGAAAACAGAAACAGAUCAACUUAAAAAGUUGCAAAAAUUGCGAGCAACAAAGAGAAUGAGAGAGAAAAAGCAGGGGAGAGCAACUGUUCAUCCUCUGCGGAAUCAACACCGAGGAAAAGAGUAGUUGCACUUCACAUGGAGUCACCGUUGAUCAAGAACGGUGGCAUUGGCAGCUCCGCCUUGGGAGCCACCGAGCUCCACCAUGCGCCACCAGAAGUGUUGGCUGCAGGCGAGGGCGGGGAUUAUCCUCGGGUCCACAAUUUUGAGGAUGUGAAGAAUAUUUGUUACUUGGAGAGUGUAAAGUUGUGGGCUAUUGCUGGGCCAAUAGCGUUUAAUAUUCUGUGCAAUUAUGGGAUCAAUUCAUUUACUAACAUCUUUGUUGGGCAUCUUGGGAAUGUGGAGCUCUCUGCUGUUGCAAUUUCUCUCUCUGUCCUUGCUAACUUCUCCUUUGGCUUCUUGCUUGGCAUGGGAAGUGCACUUGAGACGCUAUGUGGGCAGGCAUUUGGAGCAGGGCACUUAGAAAUGCUUGGAAUUUACAUGCAAAGAUCAUGGAUAAUCUUAUCAUCCGCCUGCUUUUUCAUGCUCCCACUCUACGUCUACGCAACACCGAUCCUGAAACUCCUCGGUCAGAGGGACGACAUAGCGAAACUCGCUGGAAAAUUCUCCAUCCAAGUCAUCCCCCAAAUGUUUUCCCUAGCCAUCAAUUUCCCCACCCAGAAGUUCCUCCAAGCCCAGAGCAAGGUGGGAAUUCUGGCGUGGAUUGGGUUUGUGUUUCUUUUCCUCCACAUUGGGAUGCUAUACCUCUUCAUCAGUGUGUUUGGCUGGGGUUUAGCCGGCGCAGCUGCGGCUUACGACAUCUCGGCUUGGGGAGUGGCUUUGGCUCAAGUGGCCUAUAUUGUUGUUUGGUGCAAAGAUGAUGGGUGGAGGGGGCUUUCUUGGCUAGCUUUUAAAGAGCUGUGGCCCUUUGUGAAGCUCUCUGUGGCUUCAGCUGUUAUGAUCUGUUUGGAGAUUUGGUAUUUCAUGAGUAUUAUUGUUCUCACUGGACACCUUGAGGAUCCUGUUAUUGCAGUUGGGUCCCUUUCCAUCUGCAUGAACAUCAAUGGUUGGGAAGGCAUGUUGUUCAUUGGAAUAAAUGCAGCGAUAAGCGUUCGGGUAUCUAAUGAGCUUGGAUCAAGACACCCAAGGGCUGCAAAGUACUCUGUUUUCAUUACAGUGGCAGAGUCUCUUCUGAUUGGAAUCUUUUGUAGUGUUGCUAUAAUGACUACCAGAAAUCAUUUUGCUAUAAUAUUUACAGACAGUAAAGAGAUGCAAAAAGCUGUUGCUCAUUUAGCCUACCUCCUUGCCAUAACAAUGGUGCUCAACAGUGUUCAACCAAUUAUAUCAGGAGUUGCUGUUGGAGGAGGAUGGCAAGCACCGGUAGCUUAUAUUAACUUGUUUUGCUAUUACAUUGUUGGGCUGCCUCUUGGGUUCCUUCUAGGUUACAAAACAAGUUUAGGAGUAGAGGGAAUUUGGAUUGGCAUGAUUUGUGGGACUUUUCUGCAAACUUUGAUCCUUUUGUUCAUCACAUGGAAAACAAAUUGGAACGAGGAGGUAGCACAAGCAUCAGAUCGACUACGACAAUGGACUGGGCUCGACGAAGAAUCUCAUACUACUUGAGGAAAAAUACUACCGUUCUUGUUUUUUCAUUUCACCCAAGAGAAUUCUGAUCAAUUUGUUUUGAAAGUGCCUAUAUAGAACUUGGCCUAAUUCAGGUUGAGAUGACCCUUUUUCCUUGGUAUGAAGGUCAAAAGUUUUGAAUCUUGAUAGAGUUGACAUCUCCUUUCCCAGAUCAAGACCUCCAAUGCACGGAAAACUAGAAGCAAAAUCAACUUAAUUAUUAAGCCAAAACACCUCUUAGAUUGACAGUGUGUUUUCUCUUAUUUUUUGUGUCUCUGUAUAGCGCAUAUGUUACUU